GCUGUUGACCUUGAAUGUCUAAUCUUUUUUCGUACAUGUUAUGAAACGAUAAAAAUGCAUCAUAUAUGAGGAUGAAAAGAUAUUCCCACUCAGUGGAGCUUCAUAGUUGAAUCAAAAGAGUUGAAAAUGGAAAUCACGGACGCUUUGUUUACUCCGUUAGGAUACACGUUACUAUUAGCUGUAGCGGUGCUUUAUUUUCUUUGGAGAAAUACCAAAGUUCCCACUUAUUGGAAAGAUAAAGGAGUUGCUUACGUGAAACCGCUACCUUUAUUUGGGUCCCUUUUAGAAGGUAUUAAAAAGCCUAUGCAUGAACUAGAACUGGAAAGAUAUAACACUCAUGGUGCAAUUUAUGGUCAUUAUGAAGGAGCAAGUACUUGCUUGUCCGUUGCUGACCCUAAGAUUUUGAGAAAAAUAUUGGUUAAAGAUUUCCAAUUUUUCCCUGACAGAAGGGCCCUGGACACGGGAGACACUAUAACUGAACGGAUGGUACAGAUGCUUAAAGGAGAAGAUUGGAAGAGAGUUAGGACCAUCAUCACGCCCACAUUCACCACUGGAAAAAUUAAGAGGAUGAUGGAUAUAUUCAAAAGUUGCACUAAGGUUCUGAUUAAAAACUUCAACCAACAUGCUGAAUCUGGAACUUCGGUUAAUGCCAAAAAAUUGUAUGGCGCUUUCUCAAUGGAUGUCAUCGCAAGCGCUGCUUUUUCUACAAAAAUUGAUUCCCAUAAUGAUCCAAACAAUAAGUUUGUACAAAUUGCAAGAGACGUUUUCCAGAAGGACGUCAAUUGGAGAUUUAUAUUUUAUCUCUUGUUUCCCCGACUUAUGAAGCUUUUCAAAGUUCCAGUUUUCCCACCGGAAGGAGUGAAAUUCUUUACAAGUGUAACCCUCGAAAUUAUAAAAGAAAGAGAAAGAACUGGACAGAAAGGAAAUGAUUUCCUCCAACUCCUCAUAGAUACUGCUAAGGAACAGAACGAGGAAUUAGAAGCUUUAGAUAAAAACGACGACAUUUUAAGGAACUACGAAGGUGAAAACAAUGACCAGGUUUUCAAGAAUUAUGUUGGCAAAAAGAAUCUGACUUUCAAUGAAUUAGUAGCACAAUGUGUGAUAUUUUUUCUGGCUGGAUUUGAAACAACAGCGUCCACAUUAGCUUUUUCGACUUAUCAUUUGGCCCUUAAUGAGGAAGUUCAAGAAAAACUAAUCAAGGAAUUGGAUGAUGCACUCAUUAAAAAUGAUGGUAAAAUGACGUAUGAAGUCAUUCAAAAUAUGAAGUAUUUAGACAAUGUCAUAUCUGAAACUCUUAGAAUUAGUCCACCUGCAACAAGAUUAGAAAGGAAAGCAAACGAAGAUUACACGCUGGACGAUACGGGAAUCAUAAUUCCAAAAGGCACUGUUAUUACUGUUCCAGUAUAUGCUCUGCACAAAGAUCCUAAAUAUUUUCCGGAACCAGAAAAAUUUGAUCCCGAUAGAUUUACUCCUGAAGAAAAAGCCAAGAGAGAACCAUUCACUUUCAUGCCGUUUGGAGCUGGACCUAGGAACUGUGUGGGCAUGAGGUUCGCCCUUGUUGAAGUUAAAGUUUGUUUAGCUUAUGUAUUGAGCCAUUUCAGAAUUAAAAGAUGCCCAGAAACAAAGGUACCUUUAGAUUAUUACAUUGGUCAAGGUCUGCUUCAACCUAAAGAAAUUACUGUGAAACUUAUACAGCGGAAAGACAGCCCGCUAAUUGAUAAAAUAUACAACCCGUGAUAUUUUUUUUCUACAAGUCUACAUACGCAUUCUUAUAAUGCUGAUAUGCUUACUUUUUGUCAAGUCUGCUUAACAUUUUCCAAAAUGUACAACUUCAUUAUAAAUUUUGUAUUGAUAUAUUGUGCUGUUUUUUAUCGCAUUGAUACAAAUGUAUACAACAUUUCACUGCUUAUUAUUUUUAGUUAGUUUGCAAAAAAUAUAGUUUUUUUGCUUUUUGCCAUACAAUCAUGUUAUUUGUUACUUUUACUUUAUACUUUUUUAAUAAAAAUAACUUAAAAAUUA